AUGACACAUCCGACCAGGACGAUUUCGGCUGGAGACAACCUUCUCUUGAAACUGCCAUCGGGUCAGAGCCGAACGAUCAAGAACCUGACGCCUGACAGCACGAUUAGUUUGGGGAAGUUCGGGAAAUUUCAAACCAAUGAACUGCUCAACCAACCCUUCGGUUUGACCUUCGAGAUCUUGGAGGACGGAAAACUUGUCUUGUAUGAUCAGAUUGACCUUGCCGUCGAUCCCAAAGAUAUAGAGGCCACAAAUGAGAUGAUCAAAGAAAGUGAUGGCGCACAAAAGCUUACCAACCAGGAAAUUGAAGAACUCAAGAAAUCCGGUCUCAGCGGUCGAGAAAUCAUAUUGAGACAGAUCCAGCAACAUUCUGCAUUCGAAUUAAAAUCGGAAUUCAGCAAGGCUAAAUACAUUAAAAGGAAAGAGAAAAAAUUCUUGAAAAUGUUCACAUGUAUAGACCCCACAAUCCAUAAUCUAUCUCAAUAUCUGUUCGAGAAUCAUCAUUUCGCGGUCAAAGGCCUAAGGCCAGAUACACUGUCACAAAUGCUCAGUCUAUCAAAUAUUCGACCAGGCUGGAGGGGGAUAGUAGUCGACGAUAUUGGCGGUCUGCUGGUUGCUGCAGCUCUGAUACGAAUGGGCGGCAAGUUCAUGGCAAGGAUCGAUCUUUGUAAUAAACAACGCAGAUUCUCCACCAGAUCUGCACUUGCUAGAACUCUUUAA